AUGUUAAACAAAAUAGCCCAAAAUUUAACAAAACAAGUCUUUAACUCAACUAUUAGGCGUAAACUACACAAAUCAAAAUGGUUAUUAGGCACAAGCACUUAUGAAGGGGAUGGCAAAACAACCCUAAAUAUAUUAAAUAAUGAAGCUGAUAUGGGUUUAAUGAUAGACGGGUUUAGUCAGGUUGGUUUUCGAUUAAAUAAUGGUUUUACAGUUCUGGGGCCCAUGGUGAUAUUUCCAAAGUCUGUAUUAUCUUGGAAUGUAAAUGAUUUAGAGGAUAUAAAUGAAGAGUCCCUUAGUUUAUUUAAAAUUUUAGAACCAAAACUAGACAUUUUAGUUGUAGGUGUAGGAGAUAGGGCCAAAGAUUUCAAUUUUGUUCAUAAAUUAUUACCAUUUUCAAAACAAUUUAAAAUUGCAUUUGAAGUAAUGCCCACAGAACAAGCUUGUUCAACAUUUAAUUUUUUAAAUUCAGAAGGUAGAAAUGUAGCAGGGGCCUUAAUACCCCCAAAAACAAUAACAACAUCAGAUGAUGAUGAGUUGAACACAAAAAUGAGAUAUGCCAAUUUGUAUGGGCCUGAUUAA